AUGGGUGACUACUCGAAAGCACUUCAAUUUUACACAAGAGCUCAUAAAAUAUACGAAAAAAAUCUGCCUCCAAUACAUCCUUCAUUGGCUGGUAGUCACUUGAAUUUUGCAACGUGUUACGAAAAAAUGGGCGAUUAUAUCACAGCUCUUGAGGCUCUUUAUAGCGGCUUUCGAAUUCAACAAAAAGCAUUUCAAGAAGGUAAUCCAGCUUUUGCUUCUACAUACAGUUGGUUUGGAAGAGUUUAUCGCGAUAUGCAAAAUUACUCGAAGGCACUUGAUUAUUUUGAAAAAUGCCUGGCAAUAGAUCUUAAAACGUUACCUGAAGGACAUCCCUUUCAGGCUCUUACAUACAGUAAUAUUGGUGAUGUUUAUCGAUUAAUGCGAGAUUAUGAAAAGGCACUUUCAUUUCAUCAAAAAGCGUUAAAUAUUCAAGAAAAUGUGCAAUGUAAUUCUCUGGAAUGUGCAACGACAUAUACAAAUUUAGGUGAAACUUAUCGACAAAUGAAAGAUUACUCAACGGCAUUGACAUAUUUUCGAAAAGGUUUAGAAAUACGUGAAAUGAAACUACCAAAAAAUCAUCCUGACUUAGCUGUAAUUUAUCACAAUGUGGCGAAAGUAUAUUUGGCUACUCGACAAUAUAGUAUAGCAAUGAAAAAUGUUCAAUGUGCAGUAGAAAUCGCUCAAGGAAAGCUACUUUCAAAUCAUCCUCAUCUUUUGGACUAUAAAGAAACAUUUGAAAAAAUUCGAGAGAAUCUGUAA